AUGGAUGUCUUCUGGACACUCCCGCCGGUCUCUAGGACCAUCACAGCUGCAGCAGUCGUUGUAUCAGCUGCUGGCUAUGGCGGCAUCAUUAGCCUCUACCAUUACAUCUUCGCGAGCCACUAUGUCUUUACGACGAAGGUGUUCCCUCAGCUCUGGCGAAUCUUCACGGCGUUUCUGAUCACGAAACCGAAGUUCGGCAUCCUGCUUGAUCCAUACUUUCUAUACCAAUACGGCAGCUCCAUCGAGCGGGAGUCGUCUCGCUUCUCGCAGCCUGGCGACUUCUUCGUAUACACCAUGUUUCUCGCGAGCGUCAUUGCCGCAACAGCAGGUGGCAUUCUGAACCAGUACACUUUCCUCCCCGCGCUGUCCCUCGCAUACGCCUACACGUUCGCCCAAGAUAAUCCCACGCGUUCCGUAUCCUUCUUCAUCAUCACCUUCGAAAGUAAAUACCUCCCCUUCGCCAUGCUCUUCAUGACCUUCAUCAUCGACGGCCCUGAUGCAGCUGCCGGCCAACUCACCGGUCUCAUCGCCGCUCACUUGUACGAUUUCCUGACACGCAUCUGGCCCACGUUUGGUGGUGGAACAAACUAUAUCCGCACGCCACAGAUGGUCAAGGGCUGGUUCAGUGCGAGGCCGGGCAGUGUGCAGGACAGGGGAUUCGGUCAUGUUGUCGAGGGAAGGGGCAGGACGGCUGGUGCGGCUGGAAGUGGUGCACCGCCUAGUGCAGCGAGGGCUACGGGGAAUGCUUGGGGUGGCAUGGGUCCGGGGAGGAGACUGGGAGAGUAG